AUGACUGGAGGCAAAUCCGGAGGCAAAGCCAGCGGCAGCAAGAACGCGCAGUCGCGCUCUUCUAAGGCUGGACUUGCCUUCCCCGUCGGUCGUGUUCACCGUUUGCUGCGCAAGGGUAACUAUGCUCAACGUGUCGGUGCUGGUGCCCCGGUUUACUUGGCUGCUGUUCUUGAGUAUCUCGCUGCUGAAAUCCUGGAGUUGGCUGGUAACGCUGCCCGUGACAACAAGAAGACUCGUAUCAUUCCUCGCCAUCUCCAGCUCGCCAUUCGCAACGAUGAGGAAUUGAACAAGCUGCUUGGCCACGUUACAAUUGCGCAGGGUGGUGUCUUGCCCAACAUUCACCAAAAUCUUCUACCCAAGAAGACUCCCAAGAGUGGAAAGGGUCCUAGCCAGGAGCUUUAA